AUGCGUUUAACGUUCCGCUCAACUUCAAUCCUGACCGUCCAUUUCAAAAAGUAUUCAUCUUCCCCGCGAACUAACCUCACACUCUCUUCUUCCUCUGCAUCAAAGCCAUCUGCUAGACAUGAUCAUGGGCUCAUGAUCAAACGAGGAGAUUACAAUUCCCUCUUCCUUCAAAACAAGCUCUUGCAACUUUACACGAAAAGCAGAGACUUUGACUAUGCAGACAAGCUGUUCGACGAAAUGCCUAUUAGAAAUAUCGUUACUUGGAACAUAUUGAUUCACGGGGCUAUACACCGAGACAGUGACACCAAGCAAAAAGCUCGUUUGGGUUUCUCUUAUUUGAGUCGAGUUCUUCUCAGUGAAGUGAGGUUGGAUCAUGUGUCUUUCAUUGGUCUGAUACGGUUGUGUAGUGAUUCAAACCAUGUAGAAGCUGGUAGACAAUUACAUAGUUUGAUAGUGAAACAAGGUCUUGAUUCAGAUUGUUUUGUAAGCACAAGUCUCGUUGGUUUCUAUGGGAAAUGUGGUUACAUUGCUGAAGCUAGACAAGUUUUUGAGGCGGUUUUGAGUAAAGAUUUGGUUUUAAGUAACGCUUUAGUCUCGUCUUAUGUCCUUAACGGUAUGGUCGAUGAAGCUAUUGGUUUACUCAAGGUAAUAGAAUCCCCAGGUGAUAAUUUCACUUUCUCGAGUCUUCUCAGUGUGUGUAGAGUCGAACAAGGGAAGCAGAUUCACGCCGUUGUCUUCAAAUUGUCAUUUCAGUUCGAUGUUCCAGUGGCGACUGCAUUGGUUGAUAUGUAUGCUAAGAGUAAUUAUAUGAGAGACGCCAGGGAGUGUUUUGAAUCGAUGGUUGUGAGAAAUGUAGUGUCUUGGAACGCGAUGAUUGUGGGUUAUGGAAAAAACGGAGAAGGGAGAGAAGCUAUGCGGCUUCUUGGUGAGAUGAGAAGUGAGAAUCUACAACCAGAUGAGCUUACCUUCGCGAGUGUUUUAAGUUCUUGCGCAAAGUUCGCGGCGGUUCAGGAGGUUAAGCAAGUGCAAGCUGUUGUUACUAAGCAAGGUUAUUCAGGUUUUCUGUCUGUGGUUAAUUCUCUGGUAACUGCUUACUCCAAGACUGGAAGUUUAUCUGAAGCACUUGUCUGUUUUCAUUCUAUCAAGGCACCUGAUCUUGUUUCAUGGACUUCAGUAAUUGGAGCUUUAGCAUUUCACGGAUUCGCGGAAGAAAGCUUGAGAAUGUUUGAAAGUAUGCUGCAGAGACUUCGUCCAGACAAGAUCACCUUUUUGGAGGUUCUGUCUGCUUGUAGCCAUGGAGGAUUAGUUCAAGAAGGGCUUCGUGUCUUCAAACUAAUGACUGAAGUUUACAAGAUGGAACCAGAGGAAGAACACUACACCUGUCUGAUAGAUCUUCUUGGUCGAGCUGGUUUCAUCGAAGAGGCCUUAGAUGUUUUAAGGUCAAUGCCUAUAGAGCCAAGCACGGAUGCUUUGGCAGCUUUCACGGGAGCAUGUGACAUCCACGAGAAGAGAGAAUCUAUGAAAUGGGGUGCAAAGAAGCUCCUUGAAAUUGAACCUAGCAAACCUGUGAACUACUCUCUCUUGUCAAACGCUUACGUCUCUGAAGGCCACUGGAACCGAGCUGCUACAGUGCGUGUAACAGAGAGGAGAAAUUGCAAUAAUACCAAAACUCCAGGUUGCAGUUGGGUUGAGGACUAG